GCGCUGGCGUGGCGGCAGCGCCGCUGCAGGACGCAGGGAAGCCAAGUAGCGAGUGGCGAAGGUGGCGGCGGUGGCAGCAGUGGCAGUUCGCGGUGAGGGCGACGGCUCCGGCACCGAGUGGCGGUCCGGCCGAGUCCUCGGUGUCCUCCUCCGCAUGAGCCCCUUGUGAUCAGCUUUUGUACCCUUUUCACCUUUGAAGAUGGUGAAGCUAGAUAUUCAUACUCUAGCUCAUCACCUCAAGCAGGAACGCUUAUAUGUAAACUCUGAGAAACAACUCAUUCAGAGGCUCAAUGCAGAUGUACUUAAGACAGCUGAAAAGUUGUAUCGAACAGCAUGGAUUGCAAAGCAACAGAGAAUCAAUUUGGAUCGGCUUAUCAUAACCAGUGCUGAAGCAUCCCCUGCUGAAUGUUGUCAACAUGCCAAAAUUUUGGAAGAUACACAGUUUGUUGAUGGAUAUAAGCAGUUGGGAUUUCAGGAGACUGCUUACGGAGAAUUCUUGAGUCGAUUAAGGGAAAAUCCUCGUCUUAUUGCCUCCUCUUUGGUUGCUGGAGAGAAACUUAAUCAGGAGAACACACAAAGUGUUAUUUACACAGUUUUUACCUCCUUGUAUGGCAACUGCAUUAUGCAAGAGGAUGAAAGCUACCUCCUUCAGGUUUUGCGAUACUUGAUUGAAUUUGAACUUAAAGAAAGUGACAACCCCAGGCGGCUUUUGAGGAGAGGAACUUGUGCCUUCAGUAUCUUAUUUAAGCUUUUUUCUGAAGGACUGUUUUCUGCCAAACUUUUCCUGACAGCUACUUUACAUGAGCCAAUCAUGCAACUGCUUGUUGAAGAUGAAGAUCACCUGGAAACAGAUCCAAACAAGCUAAUUGAGAGGUUCUCCCCAUCUCAGCAGGAAAAACUCUUUGGGGAGAAGGGCUCAGAUAGAUUCAGGCAAAAAGUUCAGGAGAUGGUGGAGUCCAAUGAAGCCAAACUGGUGGCUUUGGUGAAUAAAUUUAUUGGUUAUCUCAAACAGAACACAUACUGCUUUCCACAUAGUUUGAGGUGGAUUGUGUCUCAGAUGUACAAAACCCUCUCCUGUGUAGAUAGACUGGAAGUCGGGGAAGUCAGGGCGAUGUGUACUGAUCUCCUGUUGGCCUGCUUCAUUUGUCCAGCAGUUGUUAAUCCCGAACAGUAUGGAAUAAUUUCUGACGCUCCUAUUAAUGAGGUGGCGCGAUUUAAUCUGAUGCAGGUUGGCCGCCUUUUGCAGCAGUUAGCAAUGACUGGAUCUGAAGAGGGAGAUCCCCGAACAAAAAGUAGCCUUGGAAAAUUUGAUAAAAGUUGUGUUGCUGCUUUCCUUGAUGUUGUGAUUGGCGGCCGUGCAGUGGAGACCCCACCAAUGUCAUCUGUUAAUCUUCUGGAAGGGUUGAGCAGAACUGUGGUUUAUAUAACCUAUAGUCAGCUUAUUACUCUGGUGAAUUUUAUGAAGAGUGUGAUGUCUGGAGAUCAACUGAGAGAAGAUAGAAUGGCACUUGACAAUUUAUUGGCAAACCUACCCCAGGCAAAGCCAGGGAAAAGCAGCAGUUUAGAAAUGACUCCCUAUAGUACUCCUCAGCUGUCUCCAGCAACUACUCCAGCAAAUAAAAAGAAUCGAUUACCUAUAGGACAACAGUUAGCAGCCAUCACUGCUUGGGAUUCCUCAACCACCAAUCUUACUGCUCAUAUUACACUAGUAACCCCAUUUGCAACUCGGAGCAGAAGCCGUACCAAUAUGCUAAUGGACCUACAUAUGGACCAUGAAGGAUCAUCUCAAGAAACCAUCCAGGAGGUACAACCAGAAGAGGUGUUGGUCAUUUCCUUAGGGACCGGUCCUCAGCUUACUCCAGGGAUGAUGUCAGAAAAUGAGGUCCUAAACAUGCAACUUUCGGAUGGAGGACAAGGAGAUGUCUCUGUUGAUGAAAACAAACUCCACGGUAAACCUGAUAAAACCUUGCGCUUUUCCCUCUGCAGUGAUAAUCUGGAAGGAAUAUCUGAAGGUCCUUCAAAUCGCUCCAAUUCAGUGUCUUCUUUAGACCUGGAAGGAGAGUUGGUAUCAGAACUUGGAGCAGGACCUUCUGGGAGUAAUGGAGUUGAAGCUCUACAGCUGUUAGAACAUGAGCAAGCUACAACACAAGAUAACCUUGAUGAUAAACUUAGGAAAUUUGAAAUUCGUGACAUGAUGGGACUAACAGAUGAUAGGGACAUAUCAGAAACAGUAAGUGAGACCUGGAGUACAGAUGUCUUGGGAAGUGACUUUGACCCUAACAUCGAUGAAGAUCGCUUGCAAGAAAUUGCAGGUGCAGCAGCAGAGAACAUGUUAGGCAGUUUGCUGUGCCUCCCAGGUUCAGGGUCAGUGCUCCUUGACCCCUGCACUGGUUCUACCAUAUCAGAGACAACUAGUGAAGCUUGGAGUGUAGAGGUAUUGCCAAGUGACUCAGAGGCCCCAGACCUAAAGCAGGAGGAGCGUCUGCAAGAAUUGGAGAGCUGUUCUGGACUGGGUAGCACAUCUGAUGAUACGGAUGUCAGGGAGGUCAGUUCCCGCCCCAGCACACCAGGCCUCAGUGUUGUGUCGGGCAUAAGUGCUACCUCUGAGGAUAUUCCCAAUAAGAUUGAAGACCUGAGAUCUGAGUGCAGCUCUGAUUUUGGGGGUAAAGAUUCUGUUACUAGUCCAGACAUGGAUGAAAUAACUCAUGGUGCCCAGCAGCUGACCUCUCCUCCUUCUCAGUCAGAGUCUUUGCUGGCCAUGUUUGAUCCACUGUCUUCACAUGAAGGGCCCUCUGCUGUGGUAAGGCCUAAGGUUCAUUAUGCUAGGCCAUCACACCCACCACCAGAUCCCCCAAUACUAGAAGGAGCUGUGGGAGGAAAUGAGGCCAGAUUGCCAAACUUUGGUUCCCAUAUUUUAACUCCAGCUGAAAUGGAGGCAUUCAAGCAAAGGCAUUCUUACCCGGAGAGGCUAGUUCGAAGCAGGAGCUCUGAUAUAGUAUCUUCUGUCCGGCGACCCAUGAGUGACCCCAGCUGGAACCGACGUCCAGGAAAUGAAGAGCGAGAACUUGUUCCGGUCGCGGCCACUGGUGCUACUUCUUUGGUGGCUGCACCUCACUCAUCAUCUUCGUCCCCGAGUAAGGACUCCUCAAGAGGCGAGACUGAAGAGCGCAAAGAUAGCGAUGAUGAGAAAUCAGACAGGAACAGACCUUGGUGGAGAAAACGUUUUGUUUCAGCCAUGCCUAAAGCUCCUAUACCAUUUAGAAAGAAAGAAAAACAAGAAAAAGACAGAGAUGAUCUGGGGCCUGACAGAUUCUCAACACUCACAGAUGAUCCCAGCCCUAGACUCAGUGUGCAAGCUCAGGUUGCUGAGGAUAUUCUGGACAAAUACAGGAAUGCCAUUAAACGGACCAGCCCCAGUGAUGGAGCAAUGGCAAACUAUGAAAGUACAGAGGUUAUGGGUGAUGAAAGUGCACAUGAUUCUCCUCGAGAUGAAACGCUGCAGAACAUCUCGGCUGAUGAUCUCCCAGACUCUGCGAGCCAAGCUGCUCACCCUCAGGAUUCAGCUUUUUCAUAUAGAGAUGCAAAGAAGAAACUGAGGCUUGCUCUUUGCUCUGCGGAUUCUGUUGCCUUUCCCGUGCUAAGCCAUUCAACAAGAAAUGGUUUACCAGACCAUACAGACCCAGAAGACAAUGAAAUUGUAUGCUUCUUAAAAGUUCAAAUAGCUGAAGCAAUUAAUUUACAAGAUAAGAAUUUAAUGGCUCAACUUCAAGAAACAAUGCGUUGUGUGUGCCGUUUUGAUAAUAGGACUUGUAGAAAACUGUUGGCGUCUAUUGCUGAGGACUAUAGGAAAAGAGCCCCAUAUAUUGCUUAUCUCACUCGUUGUCGACAAGGACUACAGACCACACAGGCUCACCUGGAAAGGCUAUUGCAAAGGGUUUUACGGGACAAAGAGGUAGCCAAUCGAUACUUCACCACUGUCUGUGUGAGGUUACUGCUUGAGAGCAAAGAAAAGAAGAUCAGGGAAUUCAUUCAAGACUUUCAGAAACUCACAGCAGCUGAUGAUAAAACCGCUCAGGUAGAAGAUUUUCUACAGUUCCUUUAUGGCGCAAUGGCCCAGGACGUCAUAUGGCAAAACGCAAGUGAAGAGCAGCUUCAGGAUGCGCAGCUGGCCAUUGAGCGCAGUGUGAUGAACCGAAUUUUCAAGCUCGCUUUCUACCCUAAUCAAGAUGGGGACAUACUUCGUGACCAGGUUCUUCAUGAACAUAUCCAGAGAUUGUCUAAAGUAGUGACUGCAAAUCACAGAGCUCUUCAGAUACCAGAGGUUUAUCUUCGGGAGGCGCCAUGGCCAUCUGCACAAUCAGAAAUCAGAACAAUAAGUGCUUACAAAACCCCCCGGGACAAAGUGCAGUGCAUCCUGAGAAUGUGCUCUACGAUUAUGAACCUCUUGAGCCUGGCCAAUGAGGACUCUGUCCCUGGAGCAGAUGACUUUGUUCCCGUGUUGGUGUUUGUGUUAAUAAAGGCAAAUCCACCUUGUUUGUUGUCCACUGUUCAGUAUAUCAGUAGCUUUUAUGCCAACUGCCUGUCUGGUGAGGAGUCCUAUUGGUGGAUGCAGUUCACAGCAGCCGUGGAAUUCAUCAAAACCAUCGAUGACCGAAAGUGAUCAAGACCAAGGCCCACCAAAGCAGCAGACUGUUAGUCAGGCAAACAGAUCUCUAAGAAAGUGUACCAGCUGCUUUGAAGGCUGAAGAUUGUUUUUGUAUAAUAAUGUACAGCAUUCAGACAUUUUAAAACAGAUCUUUACUAAACAGAGUAAUGAGCUAACAAGCAGGUUCUCUUUUCAUUGGGCUCUUUCCUUUCUGAGUUGCAUAUUUUAUUUUAUUGUUCCCAAGUAGAGAUUAGCACUGCAAAAAGGGACCAUGUUUUUCAGGUAUUUUUAAAUGUUAAAAAACAGAACAAAUCUCUUAGAAAAUUUCUAGAUCUCCAUUCAUGGGUACCCAUUCUUUCUUUUUAUUUUCAAAAAACAGUACCCCUCUUUUAAGAUGCUGUCUUUAUACGCAUCUAAUGGAAGGAAAAUGCAAGUUGCACUGAGGAUUAUAAUAGUGGUGCAUUAGUGGCAUUAUCUAUAAAUACACUCACCUCAAUCAGAAAACUAAGAAGGAAAUGUAAAUAUCAUAUAUAUUUAUAUUUGAUGUAAUAUGGACAUCUUCAGAUUCUAAUAAUAAACAAGGACUAUUACUGAUAGUAGGCUGUGACACACCCUCUUGUGAAAUGGUUUCCUUGACAAAAUUUAAGCUGAGCUUAAAAGCAAAAAACAAAAAAUACACAGAAAUAUUUAUUAAAGUAUAAUACAGUUUAUUGAACUUUCUAGGUGUGGCAUUUGAUGCACAGGGCUGCCUUUGAUGAGGAGUAUGAAAGUCACUAAGUCACUUAUACACUUUUCACCAUGGAAGUUUGUGAGCCUGUAUGUAGGAGAUAGACUCUAAUUACUCUAUGUUAAUUACAUAAAAAGGAACAGUAGAUAUCUAAUACCUUAUGGUGGUACUUCUCAUCUGAAAUACUAAAUAUACUGUAGAAACCCCAGACAGAGCUCCUUACAAAUCUUUAAUUGUAAUAUAUUUUUGAUGAUUAUUCACAUUGAAUGCACAGACCAGGAAUUCAGUGAAUGUCAUUUUUUUAAAAACUAAUUUGUAUUGUCUGCUCUAGUGAUACAAGUUUUACUAGUGAUAAACUAUUUUAAUCAAACAUACUAUUCUUAUGGAAAAAAAAUCUAUUUUGGCAGGUUUCUGUGCCUUUUUUUCUCUCUUCUGAAAACAAGUCUGUGUUUUAGUAGUUUGGUUUUCGUUGUAUAUCAAUAAUUAAUCAGGAAAGGGUUUUGGUGCCUGAGAAAACUGACCAACAAGGCACAUAAAGCUUCAAGCACAAGUCUUGUACAUAGGCCAUCACUGACUGGUUUUACUUUGUAUGUUUUCUAAAUAUGUUUUGUUUCUUUUAUAACAAACUCAGUCCCAUACUUGGAGUCCCUUGUUGUUGGCAGCCUUUCCAGGCAUUUCUUAAGAGGACUGUGACAGACAGUCUUGUGCAGAUACUUACAAAGGCUAUCUACUCCCAGUCUCUAAGAUCUCCAUGUUUCAUAAUGCCUGAAGAAGCUACAUUUUCUUUAUGCCCACCUCUUCAUUCAUUUACUUUAAAAUACCAGAAUUGCAUAGGAGUGUGGGUUGUGGUUCCUCGCUUCUAGGGAAGGUUCAAAAUUAAACUAGUACACAAAAUGUCCUUUUGAAUGUUAGGUCAAGAAAUCCAUGAGAGAGUCAUGUGCUUCAUGGGCCGUAACUGUCAAACUUGCAUAGGUAUUAGAAAUCAAAUCCCUUCAUGAAUACAUUACAAGACAAACUGUGAUUUCUGCCACCUAGGUGGGAGUCCAUUUACUUCAGCAUUUAUUCAAUAAAUGUUAAGCAACAGAACACUUGGUAUAGUUGAAAUUCAUUGUUAUGGGAUUUAACUCGUAAAUCAAUGAAAUUUUUUUUUCCUCACAAUGGUUGCUAAAUCUCUUCCAUGUUACCACUGUGGAAAUAAAUAUGAAGAUGUGGAUAUUGCAUCAGAGAUCUUUUCUGUGGAAGAGAUGGUGGUGAAUUUGGGGUAAAGAGCUACACUAGCGGUAGGAGAUAGGGUUUUGUGGUGCUUGAGCCAGUGAUGAGGGUAGAACCCCAGAGAUUUGACCUCAGAGACACCUCUGAGACAGAUUUGGGUGCUCACGACUCAUGCUGGUAGAGACGAACAGCCUUGCUGUUGGAGGGGCAGCUAGGUUUCCCUCUCAUAUCCUGUCAGGAGCAAGGACUGCUUCAGCAUUAAUCAUCACUAGUGUGAUCUCUUGACAAGAUUUCUUAUAGUGUUGAUUCCUAGAUUUAGGAAUUAGUCACUGUCUGUAUAGCAGUGUUGGGUUGUGAGACGGAGUGAUUUGAUUGUGUUUUUUUUUCAGGAAAGAACAGUUCCUCAAAUGUUUCUUACAAUUCUGCCUUCAAUACUUGUUUUACAUGAAGGAUUAGUAUAAAAGUAUAAAAUCACCCCUUGGAAACAUUUAGUAGCCAACAAUUAUUACAUAAAAUUUACAAAGUUAAUCAACAUUAAAUGGAGAGAUAGUGGCUCAGCUUACUGAAAUCUUGUAGAAUUAACUUUUCUGAGGAAAAGAAAAAUCAGUUUGUAUUUUGUAUUAAUACUCUGUUUCUGGAAGUAUUAGAAAUACAGAUUGAUGAUUGUCUUUCCUUGUAAAAUUAUUAUUUUUAAACCUGGUUAAUGUUUUCUUUCUCCACUUUAGAUAAAAUCUCAGCCACAGUAAUUACUUUCUUCUGCUUUUUUUCUUUGUAAAAACCUGCUUAUGAAAGCCUUUUUAUACAGAUAAUUAAAUUGCUGUAGUAAGAGAAUUAGGCUUUCUGAGGAAUUGCAAAUAGAUGUGAUGCAUGGUUUUUCUUUUCCUGUUGUGUCCUGGAAGCCUUUGAAGUGGACUUUACAAAUAGUGUUACUUAGGUGCAUAAGCAGGAAACAGAGCCCAGCCCAACCAGUAAGGAGGCUGUGUUCUUGCCCUAAAAGUCUGUUGCUGACCGCAUGUGCCAAACUGGGGCACCAUUUUCCUAUUGCUGCCAUGGGAAUAUCAGUGUGGGCCAGGUAAAGGUCAGCUGGGAGUUAUAAAUGUGUGAGGGUUAGCAUUUUCUUUCUGAUGUGAUUGGGUGUGAAGAGGGAAAGUAGGAACACACUUGCUCAAAAUUAUUAGCAGAUUGCACAGACAUGGUAAAAAUGUAGUGGAGUUAGCUUCCUCAGUUAUUGCAUCCUAGACUUUCUCUUCCUGCCUCUACUACUUUGUUUCUUUAAAGAAAAGCCCAUGUUUUUCCUCUUUUUAAUUCUUUUAAGUCUAGUGAGUUUAUUCCAUUUGUAAUGGCUAUAAUUUUGGGUGAAAAAAAUCCAAAACAAUAUUCUUGAAGUUCAAAGGAUUUUGAGUAAUUGGAUUAACAGUGAUGAGAUAUUUGAGAUACUCAGAAUGUCAAAAUGCUUGAGAACUUUGCUAUUAAUACUUAAUAUAUUUUAGAAUGUCGGUUACCCAAGAAGUAGGAUGACCAGAAAUAGCUUUACUCUUGAGAAAACUUGGAGAAAUGAAGAUAUAGGUUGCUUCAGAGUUAAGGUUGUGGUUGAGCUGUGGAGCCACCAUGGAGAUGCUGUGUCCCACAGGCCUGAAAGAGAGAGAGAGAGAAAGUUAGUUUUCUCCCCCUAGGUCAUGGUAGAAUGUGUGGGCAGGAGCCAUACACCAUAAAAAUUCAUCUCUGUCAAUAUUCUGUCUUGUCUGCCACAUUCUUCUUGUGCUUCACCUGUAUUGAAAAGCUUUGUACUGCCUCUUCUCUUGAAACUGAUAAAAAAACUUUACAUAAGCCUCAAUGAAUGAGCUUGCACAAUCUUGUAUGUGUUCAGGAAACCUGUCCUGUCUCCUAAUGUGAUUAGUAAUGUAAAAUAUUUUGUAAAACUGAUUAAAAAGGGAGAGCAGUUUGAUUCACUGGG